AUGGCGACGCGCAGUCUACUCUCCGGCCCCAUCACCGCCACCGAUGCCAAAGCUCGGAGCAGCAACAUCCUUCACGCUCUGCAAUAUCCGUCACAAAAGGACGCCUUUUACAAGCGCAUAGAGGGUCAUCGGACCCUUAUUGCUGAAGUUGUCGCACACCACCUCGGCACCAAACCAAGCGAUAUUGAUAUUUCUCCCCAGGACUACUGGCGCCACGGAUCCUUCAAUCUCUGUGUGCCUAUCGCUGUCCGAGCCCAUCAGUCAGCUCAGCCCAAGAUUCCCGAACAUGUGUUUAUCCGCUUCCCCUUACCAUACCGCGUUGGCGAGGCGGGGAGACCUGGCAACUCUGACGAGAAGUUGAAUUGCGAAGCCGCAACAUAUGCAUGGCUACAAGAGAACUGCCCGUCUAUUCCUAUUCCACGGCUUUAUGGCUUUGGUCUAUCUACGAAUCGAAGGUUUACGCAUCUUGAGCUUCUUCCUUGGUGGUCACGCUGCUUGCAACAUCUUCGCCGAUUUGUACUUGCUGCUUUGCGCUUUCAACAACCUUCCUCGUAUGUCCAUCACUCCUCGAGCCGAUUUGCCGCCCUUGAUGUCGGAUACCUCAUCAUCGAAACGAUUACGGCGGACCGUGGGGAGAUGCUUUCAGAAUCUUGGGACGAUCACCGUGGAUGCACUCGCCUUCGAACAAACCUACAACGUGACCUAUCUAGGAUACUUAUCUCGCUGUCUCGUAUUAGCCUGCCACGUAUCGGCUCAUUUCGCCUCGACUGCAAUGGCUAUUUACAUUUAGCUAAUCGGCCGCUAAAUGUGCAAUCCAUUAUGCAUGAAAAUGAAGGUUUGCCACUUGACAUAUCCCGCGAUACGACCUUUCCGAGUGUGACGGAGUUUGUGCUCUCUUGUCUAACGACUUUUGAUAAUCGCCUACUUUAUCAGCCAAAUUCAAUUACGAGCCGUGAGGAUGCACUCGACCAAAUGUCUGGUCUAGCUGUUGCAAGGUCCAUCUUCCCGCAACUAUUCCGACAUGACCUUUCCAACGGCCCAUUUAUGCUUUCUUUGACUGACCUUCACAAAAGUAACAUUUUUGUCGAUAAGGACUGGAGAAUCACAUGUAUUAUCGACCUCGAGUUUGCUUGCUCGUUGCCGGUUGAGUUUCUCGAAUCACCGUCGUGCUGGCUUGACGUUGAAAUGGUGCACGAGAUGGCACCUGACGACUUUGCACCCAAGCAUGCAGAAUUCCUUGAGCACCUGCGACACGAGGAGAAGCUCCAGAACUAUCAAGACAGAGAGUCCCUCUCAUCUAUCAUGGAGCAAACAUGGAAAAACGGCACGUUUUGGUUCACACUGGCUCUGAGGGAUCCAAUUGCCUUUAAUCAAAUCAUGUACGACAACAUCUUAGCUAGCUACUUUGCUAUUACGGCGAACGAGCUCAGCAAAGCCGACUACAGCCUCGCCGCCCUUACAUGGCGACCUAAUAUCUCAGACAUCAUCGACCGAAAACUACGAGAUCAAGAGAAGUACCAAAAGGAACUGGAUCAAGUUUUCGAAGAUCCAACAUAA